AUAUAAUUAAAGAAGCCUGCGUUAAUAAUUACUCCGAAUUAAUUAAAGCAAUCAAUAAUGGAGCAAAUAGAGUUGAAUUAUGUGAUAACUUAUCAUAAGGAGGUACCACACCUUCUUUUGGAACUAUUAAAAAGGCAGCUCAAUAUCCUAUUGUUGUAAUGAUUAGACCAAGAGGAGGUGAUUUUGUUUAUAAUGAAGAAGAAUUUGAAAUUAUGAUUGAAGAUAUCAAAAUAUGCAAAUUAUUAGAUAUUAAAGAGAUUGUUACAGGAAUCUUAACUAAAAAUUAAUAAAUAGAUAUUGAGAGAAUGAAAAUAUUAAUUAAUAUUGCAUCUCCAAUCCAAGUAGUUUUCCAUAUGGCUAUUGAUGAUUGUAGCAAUUAUCAUGAAAGUUUAUAACAAUUAGUCGAUUUAGGAAUUAAAAGAGUACUUACUAAAGGUGGAUAGUUUAAAUCAGCUAUUGAUGGAAAGGAAUCAAUUAAAUAAAUAGUAAAACUAUUUCCUCAAUUGACUAUUUUAGCUGGAGGAGGUAUUACAAAAGAUAAUUAUGUUGCUUUAGCUGAAUAUUGUCAUUUAAAAGAAGUUCAUGGAACUAAAAUUGUUUGA